UGUCAAAUUUGACUAUGAUGUUUUGAAUAGUUCUUCUUUUUAUAGAAAACUUUUUGGUUUUCGCGUUAAAAUGUCCUUUUCUGAGAAAGGAUCUACUGAAGAGGCAGAAGCAUUAGUAGACAGUCUUACUAUGGAAAAUGCUUCUUUAAGUGAAGGAAAUUUAACUGGAUUAAGUAGCACCGACUUUCAAACAUUAACAGAACUGUCACAAGAAUUAACAUUAAAUGCUGAAAUGGAAACUGAAGAGCAUGAAGUAGUUGUGGAAACUCAAGAAGUUAUUGAACAUGAAGAAGAAGUGGAGACUGAAGAAAUAACUGCUGAAGAGGCAGAAACUGAGACUGAACAACAAAAUUCACCUGAUGAAAUAUUGCCUGAUGUUAAAACUACAAAAACUGCUACUGUGCCACCGUUAAGGCCCUUGGCCAUUGCUCCUAAACCUGCCAAAGUACCACUAACGGUGAAGCCCAUUGGUGGGCAACAGUUACUCUUGCUACAAGGAGGAGGUUCAGGGCAAGCCAUAAAAUUAGUCUCUCCACAAGGGCAAGAAUUGGCUAAUUUCCAGAUAAGUAGACCUGUCACUCUUAAACCAACAAUUAAGCCAUUAACAUCCCAAGGUGGAAAUAUAUCUAUAGUACAGCAGAAGCCUGUAGUAAUGAAAAAAAUUCUUGCACCUGGACAAAAAACCAUAUCGAAACCAAUAACAUUCUCUAAACAAGGGCAACAUUUUAUGGUUGUCCAAAAAACAGAUCAGCAGCAGUUAAAGCUACUUCAAACCCAGGGUGGUAGCAUAACAGUUCCAAGUCCUACGAAAACAAUUACCUUACAGCAAGCUCAAGAAAUGGGUUUAUUAAGUAAUGCAAAGAUUGUGCCCCAAGGGCAAUCUACCAAGCAAACUGUAUUGCUGAGUAAGAAUUCACAGAAAACAAUAAAAAUUGUACCCCAGGUUACUCCGGCGCAAAUCGUUACUAGUGUGGCAAAUACAAAAACGAUAUCUUUAAAUGCUAUUAAAUCGCCUACCAAAAUUCUACCUGCGGCCAGCAGCACCAUGACUAAAGGACCACAAAGGAUUAUUUUUAAAACUGGAUCAAAUCAAACUAUUUUACCAUCUGGACAAUUAAUACAAGUCUCCGGAUCCCAAGCCUUAAACAGUGGACAACUACAUCAGAUAAAUAUACCAGGAAAAGGAAUGCAGUAUAUUAAAUUUGUUACGGCAAGUACUACUGAAACAGCUUCAUCGACUGCUUCAGGAACAACAGUUAAGACAGUAUCGACAGCUGCUACAGCAAAUAUCAUAGAGCUUAAACCUGUAUCUACAAUAAGCAAAAUUGCACCAAAACCCUUGAAACCAACAAUAGCUACCAAUAAAAUUAAUGUAACGGGAACUCAAAUGGUUGUUGUACCAACCAAUUAUAGUAUUCCAUCCCACCAACCUCAAGUUUCCAAAGUGGCGAUACCUCCGAAUACGGUAAGGCACACUCCAGCGUUAAAACCACCGGCUAGCGGCAGCGAAACUUCAUCUCCCGUAACUCCAAAAGAAGAAGUUGACGCUAACGGCAUGCGACCGAGGAAACCGUGCAACUGCACCAAAUCACAGUGUUUGAAGUUGUAUUGCGACUGCUUUGCAAAUGGAGAAUUUUGUUAUAUGUGUAAUUGUAUGAACUGCUUCAAUAACUUAGACAAUGAGGAUCAUCGGAACAGAGCCAUCAAGGCAUGUUUGGAAAGAAAUCCGAAUGCUUUUAGACCAAAAAUUGGGAAAGCAAAAGACAUUACGGGAGAUAUGUCAAUAAGAAAACAUACCAAAGGUUGUAACUGCAAAAGGUCUGGAUGUUUGAAAAAUUACUGUGAAUGUUAUGAGGCUAAAAUUGCCUGUUCAAAUAAUUGCAAGUGCAUUGGGUGUCGAAAUAUAGAGGAUUCAAUGGAGAAAAAAAAUCUUAGAAUAUCAAACAUAGAAAAAGCUACAAAUACACCGAUUCUACCUGAUGGUAAAAUAAUCGCCACUAAGGAUUUCUCUCAGUUCCGCCCUAGAAGAACUUCUAGCACAAGAAAACAAACAAUCAGUUUCAUUACUGACGAUGUCAUCGAGGCAACUUGCCAGUGCAUGUUAACUAUAUCUGACAAUGCCGAAGAAGCUAUGCAAGACGAGGAAAUGACUAAACGCCUAAUUAUCGAAGAAUUCGGAAGAUGUCUAACAGAAAUCAUUGACUGUUCAUCAAGCCGUAAUUUAAGUUAAUACCUGUUUUUUUCUGUAUUAUAAGUUUUACUUUUUACAAGAUGAAGUUUGUUAUGAUGUGUAUUUUAAUUCAAGAGUAAUAUAUAGAUUGUAAGUUA